GAGGCUUUGGGAAGAAAGGGCGAGACCCCCUUGAAGGUGUCCGUUUCCCCCCGUGGCCCUUGCCCUCCUAGUCCGGGCGAAGCCAAGAGGCACGGAGUGCGCCUGCAAGGCGGAUCCUUCUGGUCACACCAAGAAAAGCGAGGGCGGGCGAAGGGGAAGGAAAGUUGCCUUCCCAAAUUGGGGAGGGGGGAUCCCAACGCUUCCAGGACUGAGCGACCCGCCUUGGCUGGCUUUCUCGGAGGUCUGCAAACUCAGAAGGCGCUCAGUUGGUUUGUGCUGCCCGCCCCCCGAGGGCUGGGACCCCGCCUCGCCUCCUCCCGGGUUUGCUGUGCCCAGAGCCUUUCGCCUCCUCCUGGCUUCGCUCCUGCCCGGCCUCUUCGGCUCCCAGGUGCCAUGAAGGUCGAGUUUGCCCCGCUCAACAUCCCUUUGGCCCGGAGGGCGCAGACCGCGGCGGUCUUUCAGUGGGUCUUCUCCUUCCUGCUCCUAGCACAAUGUUGCUGUGCAAUCUUUAUGAUUAUCGUUUUUGGAGAUUACUGGUUUAUAUCAGCAUUCUAUGCACUCUGGCUCUAUCUUGACUGGGAAACACCUCAGACUGGAGGGAGAAGAUCUCAGUGGGUCCGAAACUGGACUGUGUGGAGGUAUUUCAAGGACUACUUUCCAAUUCAUCUAAUAAAAUCCUCUGAUUUGGAUCCAAGUCAAAAUUACCUUUUUGGAUUCCAUCCUCACGGUGUCCUUGUGGCAGGAGCCUUUGGAAACUUCUGCACAGAGUACACAGGAUUUCAGAAGUUGUUCCCUGGCCUGACUCCGUACCUCCACAUCUUGCCUUUCUGGUUUCGAUGCCCCUUUUUUAGAGAUUAUAUUAUGUCAGCCGGACUGGUUUCAGCAUCCAAGAAGAGUGUAUCUCAUGUGCUGAGCCAUGAAAAGGGUGGAAAUGUUGCUGUGAUUGUAAUUGGAGGUGCAGAAGAGUCUUUGGAUGCCCGUCCUGAAAGCCUCACUCUUAAUAUCCUCAAAAGGAAAGGCUUCAUUAAAGUUGCUUUGAAACAUGGGGCUCAGCUGGUCCCAGUGUUUUCUUUUGGUGAAAAUGAACUGUUCAAGCAAAUAGCCAACCCAAAAGGAUCCUGGCUCAGGACAUGGCAAGAGAAAUUGCAGAAAAUUAUGGGAUUUGCUAUGCCACUGUUUCAUGGCAGAGGGAUCUUUCAAUAUAGUUUUGGCUUAAUGCCUUAUAGGAAACCUAUCCAUACUGUUGUUGGGAAUCCUAUCAUUGUGAAGCAGAACCUCAAUCCCACCCUCGAAGAGAUUGAUCAAUUGCAUGAGAAAUAUCUGCAGGAACUACAAAACUUAUUUGACAAAAACAAAGAAAAAUAUGGCAUACCUGAACACAUGUCUCUCAUCUUUACCUAAGUGCAAGUACAUGGACAGUCUGUUGAAAAAUGCCUUCUGAUGAGGAUACUUUUAUACCACUACUCUCUUUCUAUUCAGAGCUUUCAGUAGUUAUACUCUUCUUGUGGAACUGCUGCCAUUUUGUGUUAAGAAAGAAGUUAUUGGUUUUGAAAAUAUUCUUGAUAUUUACUCAUUCUUUUUCUUUAUGAAAUUGACUUUCCUGAUUUGUAUGAAUCACUGGCUGUAAAAGCUGCUUCUCUUCCCCCUCCCCUUCAAAACGGUUGUGUUUUUAUUAAGGCACUCUGUAGUUCAGUAUUUCUCAGUCUUUGUUCCUCCAGAUAUUUUUGAAUGUAAACUUCAAAAGUCUCAGUCAUCACAACCAAUGUCAGGAUUUUGGAAACAGAAAGGAAAAACAACUGAAGGACCAAAUUUUGAGAACCAUUUCAUGAUGCAAAAAGUUGGAUUCCAGUAUGAUUUCUGGCAAAUUGGCAAGGGUUCCUAACUCCCAAUUAUUUAACUCCUAGAGCAGUGGUUCUCAACCUGUGGGUCCCUAGAUGUUUUGGCCUACAACUCCCAGAAAUCCCAGCCAGUUUACCAGCUGUUAAUAUGUCUUGGAGUUGAAGGCCAAAACAUCUGUGCACCCAGAGGUUGAGAACCACUGUCUUAGAACAACCAAAGAAUUUUCUCUUGUCCUAUACUAACAUGAAAAAGUCCGCAAUAACCCAAAGUGAAUUUUCAUAUGGAAUGACUAUGAAUACUGCUUCAUUCUGGUAUUCAUAUCAAGUUAUUGACACAAAAUCCUUAAUUCUAUGUGUAUGUCUUUUCUAUCAAGACCUUGUUAGAAAAUAGUUUUCUCCAAAAAACAAACAAACAAACAAAAAAACCUUGAAACAUGCCAAUUUUUGUGUUCAAGAACACCACAAAUGAUUUCCUCUGAGUCUCUGUUAGCAGCAAUAAUGGAUCUGUACAGUGACAGAGGUGUUCACAUAAAAUUAGGGUUUAGUUCCAAUGUCAACAGUCAUGUUUCCCUAAGGAUUUUCUUUUGUGUGAGCUCCUCUUGAAACAAAUAGAGAUUUUUGGAGAAAUAAACAGUCUCCACUAAACUCAACCCAAGCCCCAGAAAUCUGCUCUUGAACUGAUCAUUUUGAUGUCACGGUGGUUAUGGCAGGCAAAUUACAAAUAGCGUAUGAUGCACAGCAGGCCCCACCCACAAUCCUUCCAAAGUGGAGGGGAAACAUCAAAAUGUGUUUCCCCCUUCACCAUGGAGAGGAAAGUGUUUUGGGGUAGCUCUGAUGGACCACUCUCCUCCACUUUUCCCCAUAUGAUGGGGAAAAGGGGGCAGAGCAACAUGCAUUACCACCCUUUCUCUCAUCUGAUGGGGACAGGGUGCCAAUGCAACCUGUCCCAUCCCCACCAUGAGAUGGAGGAAGUAGGGAGGGCACAUGGUGCACCACGCAACAGCACAGCCCCUAUGGACCAUGUGGUCAUCAGAUCUUGUGCCUCCUAGAAGCGUGAGGGCUUAUUUUAAAAGGUGGUUCUAGGAGCCACAAAGGCUGUGUGUAGUCAGUGAACUGCACUUCAGCCAUUCUUAUCUAAUAGCCCAAGAGAUUUUGAAUGUUUGAAUGUCUAGUUGUCUAUGUAUUGUUCUAUGUUUCCAAUUAUGCAAUAUAAGUAUUUAGUGGACUGGGUAAGUAAUCCUAAUAUUGAUAUUCUAUCUAUGGAUAGAAAACCACUAUCUUUUUAAUAAAUGUGUUUUUAUAAUCCUGACUUCUAGUAUUCAUAAAUAUAUACAGAGAGUAGUGAGAAGGACCCCCUUUUGACUAUUUGUUUUGACUAUAACCCACACAUUUCCUUUAGAAAAUCUGCCUAGUGGUGGAUUUUGGUAUCUUUUGACUCUUUUAUGAGUACUCAUUAUAAAUUCUGACAUAUAUCCAUUAAAAUGUGGGACCCACAGAUUGUGAUUCAGAAGGAAUUUUGUAUAAUGCAUUUUGCACUGUGAAGUUCAUUCACCAAGGGACAGAUGGGAACAGGUGCAAUUGGUGUUUUGUUCUACAAUUUUGUAAAUAACAGCAUCAUUCUGAAUAGACUGUUUUCACCU